GAUCAAGCUUAUAUUUUAAAGAGAGAGAGAGACAACACACACCAAGAUAAACACGUUAGAAGGUUCAGGAAUUUCAACGUCCACCAAAAAUACACCUUCCUCCGGGAAAUCUCCCAUCUCCUCCCUCCACUCCAUCACACCCCAGGUCCCCUUCUAGGAGCCUGGAUGCUCUGAAUUCCCCUCUGCGGCCCCGCCUCCUGACACUGGGAAGUUGAGCGCACUGCGAGCCUGCUGCAGCCCAAGAUAGAGCUUAAACACCCUGCAGAGUGAAAGAAGCGCAGCCAGACAGACUGCACGGCCUGCCAGGACUUCACUCGUGGGACUGCGCAUGUGCCUAAGACAGCCGCCCAAAGGCCGGGAGCGCUGUGUGGCAGAACUGGCCUUUGCGCAGACGCACUGGUGGCUGCCGGGAGGGUUUCCGCCUCCCUGCUGCCGCCGCCGCCGCCGCCGCCAUGGCCGCGCCGGCCCCCGGCCUCAUCUCGGUUUUCUCGAGCCCGCAGGAGCUGGGCGCGUCGCUGGCGCAACUGGUAGCGCAGCAGGCAGCGUGCUGCCUGGCGGGGGCCCGCGGCCGCUUCGCGCUUGGCCUGUCAGGCGGUAGCCUUGUCUCCAUGCUGGCCCGCGAGCUGCCCGCCUCCGCUGCCCCGGCCGGGGCCGCCAACCUCGCGCGCUGGACUCUGGGCUUCUGCGACGAGCGCCUGGUGCCCUUCGAGCACGCCGAGAGCACGUACGGGCUCUACCGGACCCACCUGCUCUCCAAGCUGCCUAUCCCUGACAGCCAGGUGAUCACCAUUAACCCUGAGCUGCCCGUGGAGGAGGCAGCUGAGGACUAUGCCAAGAAGCUGAGGCAGGCCUUCCCAGGGGACUCCAUCCCAGUUUUUGACCUGCUGAUUCUUGGUGUGGGUCCUGAUGGCCACACCUGCUCACUCUUCCCAGACCACCCCCUUCUACAGGAACGGGAGAAGAUUGUGGCCCCCAUCAGUGACUCCCCGAAGCCACCUCCUCAGCGUGUGACCCUCACACUUCCUGUGCUGAAUGCAGCUCGAAUGGUCAUCUUUGUGGCAACUGGAGAAGGCAAAGCAGCUAUUCUGAAGUGGCCUGUGGACACAUCCUUUGGGGGCCACAAUUCAACUCAUACUCACUUAGGCAACCUCCCACUGCACACAGAGGACCAGUCAUGACCUCUGCCUCUGGCCAUGCUGCAGGCCUGCUCAGAGCCUUGAAUACAUCAAAUACACCAAGGUGCUGCUUCUGUAUGUAAGGACUGCAGCAUCUGCUCAUGGGCCACGUGUCAGCUUUGGCUGGCUCUAGGGACUGGGGGAGGCUGGUGGGCAAGGGACGUGGGAAUUGAAACCUCAAAACUGAAACCACAGAAAGUGAAGUUUCCUUCAACGUCUUGUCCAGGUUGAUCACUCAGAUGUGAGAGUGAGGAAGUGGGACGGGGCCUGGGCGGAAACAGAUUGAGAAAUGCGGAGGAGAGGCUUGGAAGGAAAUUAGCCCAGCCGUGGCCUUGGGCCAAGGCAGGUGGCCGUGACCCCUAAAGCCUAGGCAGAGAUCAGGGCAGGGGUGCCUAGAAAUGAAGGGAAAAAGAUGAGACAGAUACAGGGACCCAAGUGAGGGUCCCUGACUGAGCUGUGUCACUCCUUCUGUACUCCUUUCUCCUUUGAAGCAGCUGUGCCAGCUCCAGGCCUGCUUGAGGUUCCCUUCCAUCUUCAGAAUAAAACCCACUUUUCUCAUUCUACCCACAAGCCCCCGUGUGGCCCCUGCCACCCAUCCCCCCUCCUACUUAACAUCUGCUCCUCCUUCACUCUUCCCAACCAAGUGCAUUCCCACCUCGAGGCUUUUGCAUGUGCUGUACCUGCUACCCGAUACCUAUUAUUCUCUUUCCUCCAGCUUUUUGCAAGGCUUGGUCCUCACUUCCUUCAGAUCUUGGGGCAACGUAACCUCCCUGACUCUUCCUCACCCCUAGCAUUUUCUGUUUCUUCUUGUUCCAUUUUUCUCCCUUGCCAGUAUUAUCUGACCGUUCUGUUGUGUAACCAAUGGUCCAUGGGGACGGAACUAUAGUCUGUUUCGCACACAUCUGCAUCCCUAGUACUCGGCUCAGGGAAGGCACUCGGGCUGGCAUGAAUGAAGUUAAAAGCAGAAAUGAAUCCUGGGGCGUUCCUGCCGUGGCUCAGUCGUUAACGAAUCUGACUAGGAACCAUAAGGUUGCGGAUUCAAUCCUUGGCCUUGCUCAGUGGGUUAAGGAUCUGGCGUUGCUGAGCUGUGGUGUAGGUCACAGACUCAGCUCAGAUCUGGCAUUGCUGUGGCAUAGGCUG